UCGUUUCUCUUCUGCGGUGCGGACUGCAUACAAGCCAGCAAGACGAAAUCGGUGCGCGAGCGAUCCCCGGCGGCGUGUGAAAUUUUUCCUCGGAAAAUCGUCUCUUCUUCGAAAUGAGUAUUAAAUUUUGAUUUGUUUUCCGUCGCGAGUGCAACCAUUUAGCAGUUCGGAAUCGUACUACCUACGUUGUGAGGAAAUUUGUAGGGAAUAAUGGCAAACUGCUUGCGAAGCUUCGUGACGGCGACGACGACGUCGACCCGGUUUGCUUCGAUUGGCAGGAUUUUCGUCACCGGACGAUCACUUGCAUCAUCAUCAUCAUCGCCGGCUGCCGUUGCGGAGGUUGAUCCUUCGUGCGGGACUGCAUCCGGGAUACGACCCCAGGCUCACCCGCUGCGAAUACCACUUAACAGGUUUGGUAGUCUGGAGGACACCAUUCGAAACAACGCGGCAGCUUGUACGCAAUAUUCGAGCCUUAAUUCUCUACCACCAGCGGAUCGAUUGCUGGCCGUUUCCGAUGAAAAUGACUCAAUCCCUGCCAGCAGCAGCAACAGCAACCAACCAUCGGAGGAACAGCUCCACCGAGUGUACGAUGUACUGGCCAACACACUGCCGAAGCUGUUCAUCCAACCACUGGAUUACUCCAUCUACAAUCCAAACCUUAUAUUCGAGAACAACAUCCGUGGCAUGCGAACCGAGGGUUUGUACCACUACGUCAAACAGGUCGCACUACUGCGCACCGUAGGGCAUUUAAAGUUCGCCUAUGUGACGCUGGAGAUCCUCAAAAUCACUAAACACCCCGAGGACAACACCAUCAAGGUGCGAUGGCGGAUAAAGGGCAUCAGCGCGCUGAAGGUCAUGUUUCAGUUUUGGAAGUACAAGCUCUGGAAGCUGAAGGAGAUUUUCGCCGAAACGGAAGCCUGGUACGACGGCUUCUCGGUGUUUCACGUUGGGCCCGAUGGUCUGAUUUAUAAGCAUGUGGCUGACAAGAUAAUGCCCGACGACGACAAGGUGGUGGUUCCCCCGAAGAAUGUGAUUUCGCCCAAGCUUGCGCUGUUCCUGGGAUUGACGGCGGAAAUUAGUCCCAUCGUGGGACAACAGUGCUAGGAAUGUUAAGUGGAUCGCUUAAUGUAGAAUAGUUAGUAACACAGUUGUUUACUAUCAAAUUAACCAACCAAGUCUCGUUAGGAGUUCUUUUCGAGCCCAUGAUGAGGCUCGUAGCUUCUCCGGAUGGUAUAAUGCUCGUAAGUACCUACUUACUACUACUGCAAUGUGAAUCGAAGCCUGGUGAAGCUAUGAGGUGCUUUGUAUAAUAGACGGAGAUGGAAACGGAAGCAGUCCUGCAGAUCGUGCCGCAGGCAAUGCAGGGCUGUUGAUAAAGAAGGAAUGAUA